AGCGUGCGGGACUUCGAAGGGACAUUCAAACUUGAAUUCGUGAGCAACUGCACGAACAUUGUGAAAAGGGGGAAGGGCGGCUGUCCGUGCACUUUCCGGAAAUGACGGAAAUCUAGUCCAGUGCCGCGAAGGCGAUAAUGUCUUACGAUCUGGAGAUCUCCGCGGAGACGGAUACGGAAACCCCCCGCAGAUGGGUAGAGAAUAUAAGGGGGACCCUAAUCUCCUAAAACCAGUUAUUAGGGAAUACCGACCAAAUGAGUCUGUCUGCCGCUUGAUUUCAUAACAGAGCCGUUAUUCCCGGCUGGCAUAGAAGUCUCUCGUGCGGGCGAAGGAGAUGCAUUUCUGGUACUGGUGGUAUUGGACAAGAAAAAAGGGAAUAAUUUCUUUCUUCUUUCUGCCUUUCUUUCCCAUGACGACUAGGAACGGGCAAAUCAAAAAUUUCACUUCGAAUUUCGGACCUCAACAUCCUGCUGCUCAUGGUGUUUCACGAUCAGUAUUGGAAAUGAACGGAGAAGUGGUGGAACGUGCGGAACCACAUAUUGGAUCACUCCAUAGAGGGACUGAGAAAUUAAUAGAGUACAAAACUUAUCUUCAAGCUUUACCUUAUUCUGAUCGUUCAGACUAUGUUUCUACGAUGGCCCAAGAACACGCUCAUUCUUCAGCCGUAGAGAGACUUUUGAAUUGCGAGGUACCAUUACGAGCUCAAUAUAUACGAGUGUUAUUCCGUGAAAUAACUCGAAUUUCAAAUCAUUCACUUGCUUUAACUACUCAUGCUAUGGAUGUGGGAGCAUCAACUCCGUUCCUGUGGGCUUUUGAGGAGCGGGAAAAAUUGUUGGAAUUCUAUGAAAGAGUCUCGGGAGCCAGGAUGCAUGCCAGUUUCAUACGACCAGGUGGAGUGGCACAAGAUCUGCCUCUUGGCUUAUGUCGAGAUAUUGAUUCCUCCACACAACAAUUUGCUUCUCGUAUCGACGAAUUAGAAGAGAUGUCAACCGGCAACCGUAUCUGGAAACAACGAUUAGUGGAUAUUGGUACUGUCACUGCACAGCAAGCAAAGGAUUGGGGAUUCAGUGGUGUAAUGUUAAGAGGUCGUGCGACAGUGAAAGUGAAGUGGUGGGCCUACCCAUCCCAACCAGGGGUAUGCUGGGAUUCGCGAAGAGCAGCACCUUACGAUGUUCAUGACCAAUCGGAUCCUGACGUACCAGUAGGUACCAGAGGAGAUCGCUAUGAUUGUUACUGUAUUCGUAUCGAAGAGAUGCGACAAAGUGUUCGGAUCAUUGUGCAAUGUCCUAAUCAAAUGCCUAGUGGAAUGAUCAAAGCCGAUGAUCGUAAGCUAUGUCCUCCAUCACGAUCUCGAAUGAAACUAUCCAUGGAAUCGUGCAUUCACCAUUUCGAACCUUAUACAGAAGGUUUUUCCGUACCAGCUCCUUCUACCUAUACCGCAGUUGAAGCACCUAAAGGAGAAUUUGGUGUCUUUCUGGUCAGUAAUGGAAGCAAUCGUCCCUACCGUCGUAAAAUAAGAGCACCUGGCUCUGCCCAUUCACAAGGACUCGAUUCUAUGUCCAAACAUCACAUGCCAGCAGAUGUGGUCACCAUCAUAGGUACUCAAGAUAUUGUGUCUGGAGAGGUGGAUAGAUAGGACUAAGGGAAUAAUCUUGUUUGGUUCGGUAAUGGAAUCAAUAGCUUGCCCGAACAGGACCCUAGCUUUAUUGCGAGCCAAAAAUA